AUGCUGCCUCAAACUCGGGCGCGCGUGCCCGCUGCUCUGCGGAGCUUGACCCGGUCCACUGCGACUGUCCGCACUCUCUCUACUACCCUCCCCCGCUUCCAAAAUGAGGACAAGGCCCUUAACAAGACCUCUCGCACCAUCACCCAACCCAAGUCCCAGGGUGCCUCGCAGGCCAUGUUGUACGCCGUCGGUCUCAAGGAGGAGGACAUGAACAAGGCCCAGGUCGGCAUUUCGUCCGUCUGGUUCAACGGUAACCCUUGCAACAUGCACUUGCUCGACUUGAACAACAAGGUGCGCCAGGGUGUCCAGGACCAGGGCCUCAUUGGCUUCCAGUUCAACACCGUCGGUGUCAGUGACGGCAUGAGUAUGGGUACCCCCGGUAUGCGCUUCUCCCUGCAGAGUCGUGAUCUGAUUGCCGACUCUGUGGAGACCGUGAUGGGUGGUCAGUGGUACGAUGCCAACAUUAGUAUCCCUGGCUGUGACAAGAACAUGCCCGGUGUCCUCAUGGCUAUGGGCCGUGUCAACCGUCCCAGUCUGAUGGUCUACGGUGGUACCAUCAAGCCCGGUUGCGCCGUGACUCAGAACAACGCCGAUAUCGAUAUCGUGUCUGCUUUCCAGGCUUACGGUCAGUUCAUCGCCAAGGAGAUCACCGAGCCCCAGCGUUUCGACGUUAUUCGUCACGCUUGCCCCGGUGAGGGUGCCUGCGGUGGUAUGUACACUGCCAACACCAUGGCUACCGCUAUUGAGACCAUGGGUAUGACCCUGCCCGGUUCUUCCUCCAACCCUGCCAACUCCCAGGCCAAGUACCUGGAGUGUCUGGCUGCCGGUGGUGCCAUCAAGAAGCUGCUCACCGAGGACAUCCGUCCCCGCGAUAUCCUGACUCGCCAGGCCUUUGAGAACGCCAUGGUCGUCGUCAACAUCACCGGUGGAUCCACCAACGCCGUUCUGCACUUGAUCGCCAUUGCCGACUCCGUCGGUGUCAAGCUCACCAUCGACGACUUCCAGGCCGUCUCCGACCGUAUUCCCUUCCUGGCCGAUCUCAAGCCCUCCGGCAAGUACGUCAUGGCCGACAUGUUCGCCAUUGGCGGUACCCCAGCUCUGCUGAAGAUGCUCCUCAAGGAGGGUCUCAUUGACGGCUCUGGUAUGACCGUCACCGGUGAGACUCUCGCCAAGAACUUGGAAAAGGUUGCCGAUUUCCCCGAGGACCAGAAGAUUAUCCGUCCUUUCUCCAACCCUAUCAAGUCGACUGGUCACAUUCAGAUCCUGCGUGGUUCUCUCGCCCCCGGUGGUAGUGUUGGUAAGAUCACCGGUAAGGAGGGUACCACCUUCACUGGUAAGGCCCGUGUGUUCGACGCCGAGGACGACUUUAUCGCUGCGCUGGAACGCAACGAGAUUAAGAAGGAGGAUAAGACUGUCGUUGUCAUCCGCUACUGCGGUCCUAAGGGUGGUCCCGGCAUGCCUGAAAUGCUCAAGCCCUCCUCCGCCUUGAUGGGCUACGGUCUCGGCUCUUCCUGCGCCCUGAUCACCGACGGCCGUUUCUCCGGUGGUUCCCACGGUUUCCUGAUCGGUCACAUCGUCCCCGAGGCCGCCGUCGGCGGACCCAUCGGUCUCGUCAACGACGGUGACGUGAUCACCAUCGACUCCGAUAACCGCGUCCUCGACUUGGACGUCCCCGAGACCGAGCUCGCCGAGCGUCGCAAGGCCUGGGAGGCUCGCAAGGCUGCUGGCAAGUUGCCCGAGACUGGUCUGACCAUGCGUGGUACCCUGGGCAAGUAUGCUCGCAAUGUCAAGGAUGCUAGCCAGGGCUGCAUUACUGAUGCUGUAGAGUAA